GUCACGAACCUUGUACAAAUAACGCAUCAUUUAGACAUUAUUUAGGGUUGGCUGUGUUAACAUACACUUUUACAAAAGGUGCAGUCUUACGUAAUGGGAGCUCUCCCUGCUCUAGGCUCUCCUGUCUGCAGUCUGCAUGUGAACUGCAUCAGACAGCAAGUGUCAGCAUCAGUGUGCUGCAGUGAGAACCAGCUCCGAACACACCCUGCUGCAGCCCGCAGAGCAGCCGAACACUCGGCUCCCCACCCUGAGCAGAUAAGAAGAGACGGCGGCUGCUGGAACACGGCUCAGCCACCCCACGGUCCGUCCGAUAGUCACAGCACAACGACGACGAUAUAUUUUGUUGCUUCUCCAUCAGCAGCAGGAUGGCUCUUAAUGACAAAGACCCGAUGCCUGCAGUGGGGAACCUCUCCCCGGGCCAACUGCAGUCCCUCCUCAAGAUGGAGCCCAAGACUCUGGGGGCAAUCCAGAUCGUCAUUGGGGCGUUGAUUCUUUGUCUAAGUGCAUCUGUGCUCCAGAUCCAUGAGCUCCACUUUACGAAUGAUGUGGCCCUCUUCCUGGUUGUUGUCAUACAGGUGACCUUGUCUGGUUCAGUGUUGGUCCACAGUGCGAGAAAACCUACUCUGUUUUGGGUGAAAUGUGUCCUGGUGCUGCAUCUCAUCAGUGCUGCGUUUGCCACUGCUGCGCUGGGUCUGAUGUCCAAACACCUCCCCUACCGCCAGGACUCUUACCACUGUGAACACUGCCGCAGGCUGGAGCUACAUGCUGUGCAACAUUGUUUCAGGAAAUGCACCGGGCUGAUCGAGCAAAAGUGUAAACUGUUGAUUGACGGGAUCCUGGGUACACUGGUGAUCUUCCUGGUGCUGGAGCUGUUGAUCUGUAUCACUGCCAUGCUGUUCGGACUCAGUGUCCUAGCUGCUGGUGGAACCCAGGCUCCCAGCCAGAGACCUGUUUAUCCACAGACUCGCCCCCCACCUGUUCCAGCUGUGCAAGUUGCUCCAGCUGCAGCUGAGCCAUCUCAGGUGGCUGUGGUUGUGACUGAACCAGAUUCAGAGCAGAUAGAGGACAUCUCCACCCCAACCACUGAACCCCAGGUGGAGCCCAUAGACUCUGUGACCACCGGGCCCUGAACUCAACACACUCUACUCCCUGCGGUGUCAUGUCAUGUCAGAGUUUAAAUUUGGGGGAAAGUGUUCCUGUCAGCCUCCUAGUGGUCAUUAUCAUCAGGACUCAGCUAUUUCCCAUUUAUUUAAAUUCAUGACUCGUGUAUCAGCUCAGCUGACAAGGUGACAACCAAUCUACUGACAGCAGCAGUCCAGGGUCAUAGAAAAAAAAAAAGAAUUGGUCCAAAUAAAUGUGAAUGACCAAACAAGUUUGACAUGUGAACAGGCUGUCACCCUGUCCUUUCACUUCUGACAUGACAUGAACACAGCAUCAGUGUUACUGCUGGACCUACAGUACAGUAUGUUGUGGUUAUGUAUGAUAGGGAUCAGUGUUAUUAGUAAUGUUGAUUUAUUCUUCAAAUACUAACACCACUUAAUUAAGCAUAAUCAGAGGGAAAAAAAUAACAGAAAGACAACCAGAUUCUCAGCUUCCACCUGAAGCUGAGGCAGCGCGGGUGAGGCUAAGACCCUGGUCACUAUAAGAGUAUUUAGGAUAUAUUCACUUCACUAAUAGAGAGUCACAUUUGGUGUUAAUUAGAAUGAAGGCAGAUUCCGUAUGUAACCUGGUACUAUUUGGCCUUUUAUAAGUCUGUAAGUCUUUGUUGUUUGGCUAUAAAACUAUUGAGGUUGUGCAA